CCACCUGCACCCGGUUCACGGACGAGUACCAGCUCUUCGAGGAGCUCGGAAAGGGGGCUUUCUCAGUGGUGAGAAGAUGCAUGAAAAUCCCUACUGGACAAGAAUAUGCUGCAAAAAUCAUCAACACCAAGAAACUCUCUGCCAGGGAUCAUCAGAAACUGGAAAGGGAAGCCAGAAUCUGCCGUCUUCUGAAGCACCCCAAUAUCGUGCGACUUCACGACAGCAUAUCCGAAGAGGGCUUCCACUACCUGGUGUUCGACCUAGUCACCGGCGGCGAGCUGUUUGAGGACAUCGUGGCCAGGGAGUACUACAGUGAGGCGGACGCCAGUCAUUGUAUACAGCAGAUUCUAGAAAGUGUAAAUCAUUGUCACCUAAAUGGCAUAGUGCACAGGGACCUGAAGCCUGAGAAUUUGCUUUUAGCUAGCAAAUCUAAGGGAGCGGCUGUGAAACUCGCAGAUUUCGGCUUGGCCAUAGAAGUUCAAGGGGACCAACAGGCCUGGUUUGGUUUCGCCGGCACACCCGGGUACCUGUCUCCAGAGGUUUUGCGCAAAGACCCUUAUGGGAAGCCAGUGGACAUGUGGGCGUGCGGCGUGAUCCUCUACAUCCUGCUGGUGGGCUACCCGCCCUUCUGGGACGAGGACCAGCACCGACUGUACCAGCAGAUCAAGGCCGGAGCCUAUGACUUUCCGUCACCAGAGUGGGACACGGUGACUCCCGAAGCCAAAGAUCUCAUCAACAAAAUGCUGACCAUCAACCCCGCCAAGCGCAUCACCGCGUCCGAGGCUCUGAAACACCCGUGGAUUUGCCAACGCUCCACGGUGGCCUCCAUGAUGCACAGGCAGGAGACCGUCGACUGCUUGAAGAAGUUCAACGCCAGGCGGAAACUGAAGGGCGCCAUCCUGACGACGAUGCUGGCCACGAGGAACUUCUCAGCAGCCAAGAGCUUGUUGAAGAAGCCGGACGGGGUGAAGGAAUCGACAGAGAGCUCCAACACGACCAUCGAGGACGAAGACGUGAAAGCACGGAAGCAGGAAAUCAUCAAAGUCACGGAGCAGCUGAUCGAAGCCAUCAACAACGGGGACUUCGAGGCAUACACGAAAAUCUGUGACCCAGGCCUUACUGCUUUCGAACCCGAAGCUCUGGGCAAUUUAGUGGAAGGAAUGGACUUUCAUCGAUUCUACUUCGAAAAUGCUUUGUCCAAGAGCAACAAGCCGGUGCACACCAUCAUCCUGAACCCGCACGUGCACCUGGUGGGCGAGGACGCCGCCUGCAUCGCCUACGUCAGGCUCACGCAGUACAUGGACGGCGGCGGCGUGCCCAAGACCAUGCAGUCGGAGGAGACGCGCGUGUGGCACCGCCGGGACGGCAAGUGGCAGAACGUGCACUUCCACCGCUCGGGGUCGCCUAAGUCAGCGGUGCCACCGCCGCACCUGUGUUCGCCAGGCGCCCGGGUGGCCCGGCCCGCCUCCCUCCUGCUCGUGGCUGUCCGAGUGCAUGACGGCGUGAAGGUCCCACGUGUGUGCAUCUGUGACGCAGCGUCCUGUCCCAUGUCCUUUCUGUGCACUGUUUACACUUCCGCUGCGAGGUCGUCCGAACGGGAGGCCGGAAAGCUUCAGGUGCGGCCCGUCCCCCGAGUUUCUGUUUAUGCCAAGACUCAGCGGACGUCACCCCUGCUCCCCGAGGACGGCUUGUGA